UUCUCCGGGCCUUACCCGACCAAACCAAAGACCAUGGUGCACUGUGCCGGCUGCAAAAGGCCCAUCCUGGACCGUUUCCUCUUGAACGUGCUGGACAGGGCCUGGCACGUUAAGUGCGUCCAGUGUUGUGAAUGUAAAUGCAACCUGACCGAGAAGUGCUUCUCCCGGGAAGGCAAGCUCUACUGCAAGAACGACUUUUUCCGAUGUUUCGGUACCAAAUGCGCUGGCUGCGCGCAGGGCAUCUCCCCUAGCGACCUGGUGCGGAGAGCACGGAGCAAAGUGUUUCACCUAAACUGCUUCACCUGCAUGAUGUGUAACAAGCAACUCUCCACUGGCGAGGAGCUCUACAUCAUCGAUGAGAAUAAAUUUGUCUGCAAAGAGGAUUACCUAAGCAACAGCAGUGUCACCAAAGAGAACAGCCUACACUCGGCCACCACGGGCAGUGACCCCAGUUUGUCUCCAGACUCCCAAGACCCAUCACAGGAUGAUGCCAAGGACUCGGAGAGUGCCAAUGUAUCGGACAAGGAAGGGGGCAGCAAUGAGAAUGACGACCAGAACCUGGGCGCCAAACGACGGGGGCCGCGCACAACCAUCAAGGCGAAGCAACUGGAAACUCUGAAGGCGGCCUUUGCUGCUACUCCCAAGCCCACGCGCCACAUCCGGGAGCAGCUGGCUCAGGAGACUGGCCUCAAUAUGCGUGUCAUCCAGGUCUGGUUCCAGAACAGACGUUCCAAGGAAAGGAGGAUGAAGCAGCUGAGCGCGCUGGGCGCCCGGCGCCACGCCUUCUUCCGCAGCCCGCGCCGGAUGCGGCCGCUGGUGGACCGCCUGGAGCCAGGCGAGCUCAUCCCCAACGGGCCCUUCUCCUUCUACGGAGAUUACCAGAGCGAGUACUAUGGGCCCGGGGGCAACUACGACUUCUUCCCGCAAGGCCCCCCGUCCUCGCAGGCUCAGACACCAGUGGACCUGCCCUUCGUGCCAUCGUCCGGGCCCUCCGGGACACCCCUGGGCGGCCUGGAGCACCCGCUGCCCGGACACCACCCGUCGAGCGAGGCGCAACGGUUCACUGACAUCCUGGCGCAUCCCCCAGGGGACUCGCCCAGUCCAGAGCCCAGCCUGCCGGGGCCUCUACACUCAAUGUCGGCUGAGGUCUUCGGGCCCAGCCCACCCUUCUCAUCGCUGUCGGUCAACGGCGGGGCGAGCUAUGGGAACCACCUGUCUCACCCCCCCGAAAUGAACGAGGCGGCCGUGUGGUAGCGGGAUCUCGCACAGUCCGCGGAGUUCGUGGUUGUACAGAAAUGAACCUUUAUUUAAGAAAAAUAGAAAAAGAAGAAAAAAAAAACAUAAAAAGCAAGUCACCCUCCCCCCCCCACACACACACACUUCCCUCAGCCUCGGGGACCAUUUUCUGUCUGGGGAGUCCGGAUGGGAAAGGGGGACAAGAAACAGGAUCCAAAUCCGCCUGGAGGCAGAACUGGGAUCCAUGCGCUGGAUGGCGAGGUGGAGAACUGGGGCUCCCGAAGGGAAAUGCAGACCUCUCCCCAUCUUCCACCUGGACCCGGAUGUGGGGACAGACGCCCCAAGUGUGCACGCCCGUCUGGAGGGCGGCACAGGAACACCCAAGGAGGCCGCGGGGACGCACAGCCAGUGGUGACGCCGGGAGCCGCAGGGAGACAGACAGAGAGGCACAGCCGGUUGAGGGAGGUGGAGCAGCCCGGGGCACUCCCGGGCCAGCCCGGAGGGUUCUGGCUCCGGGAAAAUAUCUCACUAGUGUUGUCUCAGUGUUCAGGAACAGCGACAACAAACUCUUAUAGCUUCAGAAACGCCGACCUGCUGUGCAUCAGGUGGGACUAUAUAUAUAUAUUUUUUGUCUAUCUGGGUUUUUGGUUUUUUGUUUUUGCCCAAAUAGCAAAAUUCUAAAUGUAAAGCCCUCAGUAUCAACUCUUCUACCUUCGCAAAGCUCUACACACACACAGAUACACACAGACACCCUGGAUAGGAUGGUCUCCAGCCAGACCUCUCAGUAAAAUGACUUGAACAUCAACUGUACAAGAAAGUAUUCUACCUUCACACAUACAAAAAAAAAAAAAAAGUUAAAAAAAAAAGACUAUUGAACUAAAAACAGUCAACUGUUUACGUAUAAUGUUAAAUUCAGGAGUUCAGUGUUUUAUUAAUAUAUCCUGUUUUGAAACCUCUUGUUCAAAAACAAAAUGUUUUGAGCAAUCAACCAAAAUUGUUCAUUUUCUUUUCCUGUAGAUGUUCUGACAGAUUUGCAGGGCUCGCAGCUCACUGUGCUAGUAUGUAAAAAGGUGUUGUUUACACAAGGCAAAGAGAAAACAUGAUAUUCAGACACUUGCCAAAUAGAAUAAUUAUAGCACAAAUACUGUAAAGGUGCCUAGCACCACAACCUGAGAAAGUGUUAAAAAAAAAAGUGUUACAAGGUUUAAAAAAACAUCUUUGCUAAUUUUUAGUCCUGUUGAACAUUCAUGGAAUUGUUAAUAUGACUUAUAUAGACCCACACAGGUUUUAUUUUUGUGUCUUUAAAAUAAAAGUCCAAAAUAUUUAAAUUUUAUGGUCAAAUAUGCAGUCAACAGCUGCUACUUUUUUCUUUAUAUAUUAAAUUUCUCAUAUGUCUUUUAUUGUUCUGAUAAACCUAAGCUUGUGUGACCUCCAGUGCAUAUUAGACCAUUCACUGUAUGAAAGAAAACAUGUUGAAUAAAUUUGUGAGUUUUUAAUAAAAAUAGAAAAUCUGA